AUGGAAAUGUUUCGGAUCGUUUCCAACACGUUCUGGUCGACCAGAGUGUGGCUUCCACCGAACGUCACCUGGGAAGACAUCCGGCCGGGUGUACGUCCCGAUGUAAACCACGCCGACUACCGGCACUUGAUCUACCCGAUUCCGCUGGCCGCGGUCAUCAUCUUGCUGCGAUGGGUCGUCGAACGAUACUGGAUUGCCCCGAUCGGUAAAGCGAUCGGUAUUAAAAGCACCGGACCAAAGCCACCCAAACCAAACAAAGUCCUAGAAGCGGCGUACAAUGUCAACAGCAGGCUCAGCCACAAAACGACCGUACGGUUGAUGAAACAGGUGGACCUUUCCGAGCGACAGAUCGAGUACUGGUGGCGUCGCCGCCGGGCCCAAGACAAACCGACGACACUGGUAAAGUUCUGCGAAACCUCCUGGCGAUGCAUCUACUACACAUACAGCUUCAUCUUCGGUUGCAUCGUGAUGUGGGACAAACCGUGGCUGUGGGACAUCAAGAACUGCUGGUACGGCUACCCACACCAGUCGGUCACGAACGACAUCUGGUGGUACUACAUGAUCUCGAUGGCCUUCUACUGGUCGCUAACCGCCUCUCAGUUCUACGAUGUGAAGCGGAAAGACUUCUGGCAGAUGUUUGCCCACCACAUGAUUACGAUUCUGCUGAUGGCGCUUAGCUGGGUGUGCAAUCUGCACCGUGUCGGUUCGUUGGUCCUGCUCGUGCACGAUUGUGCCGAUAUUUUCCUGGAGUCCGCAAAGCUGACGAAGUACGCACAGUACCAGAAGGUGUGCGACACGAUCUUUGCCAUCUUCACCGUGGUGUGGAUCGUUACGCGAUUGAUCCUGUAUCCGCGAGUGAUUUACAGUUCGUCCGUCGAAGCGCCACAGAUUCUGCCCAUGUUCCCGGCGUAUUACAUCUUCAACACGCUGCUCAUACUCCUGCUCGUUCUGCACGUGUGCUGGACGUACCUGAUCGUGCAGAUCGCGAUCAAGGCAAUCAAAUCGGGUCAGAUGGAAGGAGACGUACGGUCCAGCUCCAGUGAUGAGAUAUCCGACAGCUCGGAAAACUCCCGCCCGGUGCUAACGAACGGUGGAACGCCAAAAAGGCAACCGAGCAAGAACGGCACGGCGGCCAGUGUGACCGCUUCCCCGAAGAAAAAGCAGUAAGGAGGAUUGACUCGUUACGAUAACCCUUCCGCAUUUUUGAGGCAGGUCAAAACGACGGUUCCGAUUCAGAACGAACAGGUGCAGGGCGUGACAGAUUAGGAUAGAAUCAUUGUUUGGACAGGGUACGAGAAACCAGUUAAUUUUUUCAGUUUAUUUCGUUUGUUCAUUUCUUUACGGUAGCGUUCAGUUAAGCGUUAGGAUCAUAGGUAAACGCAAUUGAUGAGCAUCCCUUUUGUCGGGAAGCAAAAAGGGAGACGACGAGUCCUCCCAAGGAGAGCCUGAGGCUCGUGUUAUCGAGCAAAGCGCAUUAGAAAGAUUGCGAGAAACAGGAGGUUCAGAUCGAAGUUGAAAUCGCAUAAGCUAGAAAUAAGUAUUUAUUAGCUAAGUGAAACAUAGAGAAGGCGAGCAUUCACGCACGGAGCGAAUAGUAAUAGUGAAUUUGGUGACAGAGUGAACAAAGGCAGAUUGUGCUGAUCGUUCCGGGAAGGAAGUAUGCGUGAGACGGACUCGAGCUUGAGUUGAAACAAACGGCUUGGACAUGGGCACUGUUGCGAGAAUAAAUCGUGCAAAAAUCACUAAACGGCGGCCUUUUCGGCGGGCAUGUUGAUCGCUAAAAGGCGCACCAAAUAUCGUACUACGUAUGUGACACGAAUUGCUUUCGUGCUGUUUUGCGCUUGGAUGAGUCCUUGUAGCACAGGAGAUUGAUUGUUUGCGCAGUGGAGAGAACGAUGUAAAUUCAAACAACUCCAUCACUCCAAAUCAGAAGCCAUCACGUUGUCGAAGAUCAUGCAUCGCCUUAAUAAAACGCGCGAAAACGGAAAUUGGCACCAUAAAACGUGCACUAGCCGCUGCCAAACGAAUAAAGCAUGGCUCAUCUAAGUGUAAGCGUUGAAGCAGCCAAGAGGUAAGUGAACAUUUGGUUCUGAAAUCAGCACCGUGUACACCGUGGUUUGAUUAAGAGAUGUUGUUUAAAGCAAAAUGUCACAAUUUUGUGAUUUUCGACACAUUCGUUUAAAUACUCGUUGUUGUGGCAAUGUGGCACAUCUUGAAUUUGCUUUAUUCAUACCUUUUUAAAUGUGCGUACGUUAACCGUGAGUGAUUAGUUUCGUGAAACAGUAAGCAACACCUUUCUAACAAACAAUACGAUGUAACGGAACGGAGAUCGAUGCGCUUUAUGUGUGUGCUUCAUUCUCAUUGCUUCGCACACACGACCGGCGAAAAGCGCAAAGCCUUCCCAAUCCGACGAAUGAUCUCUCGCUCGUUUUGAGGAACAUUUCCAACGUAGUUUCAUUCACACUACCAAAGUAUAAACUAACUGAAUUGAUUAACAAAAUCGUUAUAUAUAUAUUACGGUGUUGACAUCGAUGAUGAGCUGCUAUUUUGUAGAGCCGAUGUUACCGGAACACAAUUAUGCAAAGCUAGCCACGAUCAAAUAUUGGGCCUCUGCCCUCCGUGCUCGUAAAAUAUCCCGCAUAAGACUGCAUAGCAGAAUGGAAUCGUGUUCGUGGCUGAUGUUGUAAAACGCGUGACAAGAGAAAACACAAGAACAAUAUUAACUCCAUUUCCUUUUAGUAGAAAAAUUAAUAAAUAAAUGAAUCGCAGCGCGAUGGUGAUAGAACACUGAAAAUUUGAAGAUUUUUUAAACGAACACAAACCGAUAGAAGAAGCAGACAGUGGCAGACCCAUAGAAUAUAGGAUAAAAUUUUGUAACAUAACAUUAACUCUUUCGCAAAGACAAUGUCAGUUUUAAAACAUUCGCUUCAGUGCCCUUAUAAAGAAUACAUCGUACAAUCUUUUCCCUUCAAUUUUGUUUUUUUUCGAAAUCCACUAUGCAGCUGAUAGCCUAGCAUCAAUAAGGACGUAAUCGCGUUGCGAAACGGUUUAGGAACAUUCGUUCAAUGUUACGUCGCGUUCGCGACCAGACCUGAUUUUCGCCACGAUGCGGAAUUUCCCCCAAGGGUUUGCUUAUCUUUUUUUUCGUUACAUGAUGAAAUCGGAACGAACCCGUGUACCGGCUAACAUUUGCGAACCCAAAUCCAUAUUAUUAAUCUGUAUUAUGCGUAAGAGACACAGCGCUUCUUUUGCUGUUGUGCAGGAUGACGGGGCGCGAGAAGUGCCGCAGUUAGACUAGGGACGUGAACAAAUGAAAUGUUUAGGGAAUCGCAUCACGAAUAAAAACUGUACCAAUAGUUAAAAUAAA